AUGAAAAGAUCUAGAGGGCCAGUGGACGUUCAGAAGAAGCUGAGAUGGAAGAAUAUGUACAAAUUUGCUGGAAUAGUCCCCAAUCUCUCCUUCUUUCCACUAAUCAAGCUCAAACCUAGGAUAGAUCUCGAAAAGCACAAAGUUGAGGGACUUAACAAGAGGAUGUGGAUUUUAAUCUGAAGAUUCCUUAGCCCGAAAGAUAUUAUUCUCACAUUCUCAGUUUUGAGUAAGAAGUUCUACACGCUGUCAUGGAAUGAAGAAAUCAUCAGAACUGCGCUUAUAAACACACUAGGAACUGUUGGAUAUGACCAGCAUACUCUCAGAAUCGCUCAAAAAUUGGAAAGGUCUCUGAAGGGUAAGAAGCUUGACCCUUAUAAGAUCAUGGUUGAAGAUACUAGUGAUGACUCCAACAGUGACUUUAAUUCAACAGAUGAUGAACAUGAAUAUAACGCCCGAAAGAGUGAUUCCUCCACUGAUGAUCAACAAACAGUCAAAGAGUACCUCCGCAGAGAAGAGAUGAAGGCCAGAAAGAUCCGACGCUGGGAGAAAGACUAUAAAAUAGCUCAUAUGAAAAUGCUCUAUAUGAAUCCAAAGGACAAGAUAUUCUGACGUGGUAAUGAAAAAGAGGAAAUUGAAAAGAAAAUCAAAACACAAAUCGAGAAUAUUAAGGAUGAAAUCAUGAAAAUGAAACGCAAAAAGGCCCUGAAGUACGUCCAGGAGGACAUAACAUUUUGGAGGAAAUUACUUAUGUAUUGCUCUAUUGCAAAGUGAUGUGGUAGUUGUCCCUACUACCAGACCAGAAUCGAUGGUAGGGGCAGCAUCAUCAUAAUCUGUCCAAUCCUAAGAAAACCUUUAUGCUAUAACUGAAUGAACUCUCGUGAAUUUAGGAUGAUAUCAGCUGCCAAUGCGAAGUAUAAGUAUAACGUGGAUACUAAAUAUUUGGACAAAUGAGGGAUCAAAUAUCUCAAAGCUCCAAAUCCGUAUUAUGGAGAAGGAAAAAUGAGACUUUACUAUGAGAAGCAGGUCAAACAAUGCAUUGAGCUAGUCAAGAAGUUGAAAGAGGAUGACGAAGAAGAACAACGGAAGAAGAGAGAACAAAAGCGCUCUAGAAAGCUUUCAAAAGAGGCUGAAAUCAGGAAAGAAGUAGCUACAGCUACUUUAGUGAAGGAAUUGGUUGUUAAGAGUAAAGUGUGAGCUAAUAAGGAAGAAGUUAUUGAGAAGUAUAUCAGCCAUCCCUAUAUGCAAAGAUUCUUUGAGAAAAAUAAGGUCAGAAGGACAUUGGCUCAAGUUGUGACGCUUAUUAAUAACGGAAAAGCUGCAAGAUUAGAAGAGGAAGCGAAUAAUAGAGCUAGACGGAAGAAAGAAGAGGAAAGAUUGUUGGAGAGUAAGAUGGCUUUACUUGGCAAAGACAAAUAUAAUGAAUUAAUGACAUACAGAAAAGAAGUUGAUCCUUCUGGAGUCGUGAGAAAAAAGAAACUCAAUCGCCGAGAUCAGAUAAAAAUUAUCAAGCAAAAAGAACUUGAAAGACGUAAUAACAAACAAACCGAAGGAGAAUUGCUCACUGAUCUCUAUAACACCAGAGUCCUCAGUGAUUCCGACUCAUCAAGCGCAUCUAGCCUCGAAGAAAACACUCUCUACCUUUCUAGACCCUCCAACUCAAAAAAGUCCAAAAAGUCGAAAAAAUCAAAAUCCACUAAAAAAUCAAAAAAAUCAUCAAAAUCCAAAAAACUAAAAAAUUCUAAAAAGUCUAAAAACUCUAAAAACUCUAAAAAACACAAAAAACGUCAUUAA